AGCGGACCCUCCAACCUGUUGUUCCCGCUCUGGGAUCAGUAGUUCGGGGGAAGCUGGAGGCUCCGGGCCGCCGCUCCGCUGAUCCCGGGUCUGUGCUGGCCGGUGCUCCGUCUUCUCCUUCCAGUGGAGGAACCCUCCGAGUCGCUCUCACGCCUCUGCACCGCAAAAAACGCCUCGAAUCAGCAAAACUGUGCAAAAAUGCGGAAACGGUCGUAGUGAAGAGCGCAGUUUGUGGGAAUUAUGCGCCGGCGGAGCGGAGCGGCGAUGCGGGCAUCAGACCAGCGACGGGCCUCGACUUUCUCCGCCGGAGUUACCGCACCGAGGGGGACGUGAACUUUUCUGCCUCGGGUCGGUGUGGUGAGCGGGUCGGUGUGGGUCGUGUUGACGGUGUUUUUCUACCGGCUGGAGGUUUUCUCGCCGCUGUUGCUGCAGUUUGCGGGAGUUUUCUCGGAUGAAAGUCGCUCCGGGAGCCGCUCUGGAAUCCAGCAACUGCCGGGGCGGGUAGCUAGCUAGCCUGUUAGCUACUUCCACUAAGACGGGUUUUAUGUUUAUUUACCGGGAAAACCGAUAAAAAAUCCCCCCAAACUGAACUCUAACGGCGGCUGCGAGGACACAGCAGCCCGCUAACGGUAGCUGGACACUUUCGGUGCCGGUCUCACGGUGUUUUUCGGUUGUUUUCCCGAAUAACUCGUCGCUGUUGCGGCAGUUUGCGGUAGUUUUCUCGGAGAAAAGUCGCUCCGGGAGCCGCUCAGGAUUCCACUACUGCCGGGGCAGGUAGCUAGCUAGCCUGUUAGCUACUUCCACAAAGACGUUUUUAUGUUUAUCUACUAAGAAAACUUAGAAAGUCCCCCAAAACUGGACAUUGACGGAGGCUGUGAGGAGUUGUCAGCCCGCUAACGGUAGCUGGACACUCUCGGUGCCGGUUUUACGGUGGUUUUCGGUUGUUUUCCCGACUGACCGUGUUAGCAUAAACUCGGUGUAAACUCAGCCGCAGCUAACGUCCCGACAUGCCGCAGCUGAACCGGGAGGACGGGGACGACCUGGGGGCCAGCGACGAGCUGAUCCCCUUCAAGGACGAGGGCGAGCAGGAGGAGAAGCGGAACGUGUCCGGACGGGACCUGGACGACGUCAAGUCCAGUCUGGUCAACGAGUCGGAGACCAACAGCGGGUCCGACUCGGAGGCGGACAGGCGAACCAAGCCCGGUGCAGAUGUGGAGAACCGGGCCAGACACAGCCAGCUGUUUGAGGAAGCUCUGAGGAAGCAGCAGCAGGAUGGAGGUCUGUUCCAGCCGUCUCCUUACGUCGGUUAUCCCUUCUUCAUGCUCCCAGACCUGGGGAACCUCUGCAGCCCCUACCUCACCGCUAACGGAGCGCUGGCACCGGGCGGCCGCACGUAUCUCCCGUUUCAGUGGCCUCUGCUGGACGUUCCUGGAAGAUCAGCGAUCAGAGACUCUACGACUCCGACUCACCUGUCCAGCAGCGUUCCCGUCGUCCAGCACCCUCAGCUCGGACAUCUCCAUCCCCUGCUGUCCUACAGCCCCGAGGCCUUCUCACCUCAGAGAGCCUCACCUGGAUUCUCUUCUGACGCAGCAGGUGUGUCCAGGACGCCUCACGCUGCCUGUUAUCCUGUUUCACCAGGAGGGAUUUCACCGAUGCACCAUCCUCUGGGCUGGCUUCAGGGCCAGACCAUGUAUCCCAUCGCUGGAGGAUUCUCACCUGCAGCUCUGGCCAUGAACGCCUCCAUGUCCAGUCUGGUUUCCAGCAGCUUCUCUCCUCGUCUGGUUCCGACUCCUCAGUCAUCGGUUCCUCGUCCAAACGUCGUCCAAACGUCGAUCAAACAGGAACCAAGAAGCAGCAGCAGCAGCCAACCGGGGUUGAUGUCUGACGUCCAGCAGGACAAAGAGGACGAGAAGAAGCCUCACAUCAAGAAGCCUCUGAAUGCCUUCAUGCUGUACAUGAGAGAAGAACGACCCAAAGUGGUGGCUCAGUGCAAAGUGAAGGAGAGCGCCACCAUCAACCAGAUCCUGGGCCAGCGGUGGCAUUCUCUGUCCAAAGAAGAACAGUCCAAAUACUACGAACUGGCUCGGAAGGAGAGGCUGGUGCACUCCAAGCUCUACCCUGGCUGGUCGGCCAGAGACAACUACGGCAAGAAGAAGAAGAGGAAGAGAGCGAAGGGAGAAGCUCAGCUGGAAGUUGCCAUGGCGACGCCUGCAGACGACUUCUCCCCUCAGCUGAAGCGACCUCGUGACGGACCGCCACCGCACACGCUCAGUCCGCUCCGUCAGACGUGCCGGCCUCACCCUCCCACCGUCUCCCACCUGACACACUCCCACCUGUCCCAGGCGAGCCCCGCCUCCUCCCUGGACUCCCCGGCCACGCCCACGGCGGCGCUGGCGUCCCCCGCCGCCCCGGCCGCCUCCCACACCGAGCUCAGCCACUCCUCGUCUCCGUUCUGCGAGCAGCCGCUGUCUCUCACCACCAAACCCAGCCGUGGCUCCGCCUCCUCACCGCCGCCGCCCUUCCUGGCCCCGCCUCCUACCUCCACCCACCAAUCCGCAGCUCACGGUGCCUUAACUCAGCCGCUCCGGAGAACCAAUCAGCUGUGAGCGACGUCACAGGACCGGCCUCCUUUUUUAAGCUUUUAUAGACGCAUCACGUUUUCUACUCGUUUAAUUGGUCAAUAUUUGACUGCAUCUCUGAUGUCAUCAAGCUGUAUUUUUGUCACUUUUUCUAGAUCUAGAGACGAGGCUCUGAUGGUUCUAAAUCUAUUUUCUGGUUCCUCUUUGUGUUAAUAAACCUUCACUGACUUCUGA